ACGGUGGGGCGUAGUUAAGGGCGGGUCUCUCUUUUGGGGGCGGGAUUCUCUCGGGAGUCGGGGUGGAGCCGCAACGCUCCGCUUUCCCGGAGCGCGGGGGGCGGGGUUUGGGGCGGGGCCUCGCUUGUGGGCGGGCCCGGGCAGGAUCGGGCUUGCACUGCGGGGCAGUAGCCAGGACCAGAUCUACUUGCAGGUUGCUGUUCCCAGUCAUGGCUUCGCGCUGCUGGCGCUGGUGGGGCUUGUCGGCGUGGCCUCGGACCCGGCUGCCUCCCGCCGGGAGCACCCCGAGCUUCCGCCACCAUUUCUCCACACAGGAGAAGACCCCCCAGAUCUGUGUGGUGGGCAGUGGCCCAGCUGGCUUCUACACGGCCCAACACCUGCUAAAGCACCCCCAGGCCCACGUGGACAUCUACGAGAAACAGCCCGUGCCCUUUGGCCUGGUGCGCUUUGGCGUGGCGCCUGAUCACCCCGAGGUGAAGAAUGUCAUCAACACAUUUACCCAGACGGCCCACUCUGGCCGCUGUGCCUUCUGGGGCAACGUGGAGGUGGGCAGGGACGUGACGGUGCCAGAGCUGCGGGAGGCCUACCACGCUGUGGUGCUGAGCUACGGGGCAGAGGACCAUCGGGCCCUGGAAAUUCCUGGUGAGGAGCUGCCAGGUGUAUACUCCGCCCGGGCCUUCGUGGGUUGGUACAACGGGCUUCCUGAGAACCAGGAGCUGGAACCAGACCUGAGCUGUGACACAGCCGUGAUUCUGGGGCAGGGGAACGUGGCUCUGGACGUGGCCCGCAUCCUACUGACCCCACCUGAGCACCUGGAGAGAACAGACAUCACGAAGGCAGCCCUGGGUGUACUGAGGCAGAGUCGAGUGAAGACAGUGUGGCUAGUGGGCCGGCGUGGACCCCUGCAAGUAGCCUUCACCAUUAAGGAGCUUCGGGAGAUGAUUCAGUUACCGGGAGCCCGGCCCAUUUUGGAUCCUGCAGAUUUCUUGGGUCUCCAGGACAAGAUCAAGGAGGUCCCCCGCCCAAGGAAGCGGCUGACGGAACUGCUGUUUCGAACGGCCACAGAGAAGCCAGGGCCGGAGGAGGCUGUCCGCCAGGCAUCGGCCUCCCGUGCCUGGGGCCUCCGCUUUUUCCGAAGCCCCCAGCAGGUGCUGCCCUCACCAGAUGGGCGGCGGGCAGCAGGUGUCCGCCUAGCAGUCACUAGACUGGAGGGUGUCGAUGAGGCCACCCGUGCAGUGCCCACGGGAGACAUAGAAGACCUCCCUUGUGGGCUGGUGCUCAGCAGCAUUGGGUAUAAGAGCCGCCCUGUCGACCCAAGCGUGCCCUUUGACUCCAAGCUUGGGGUCAUCCCCAAUGUGGAGGGCCGGGUUAUGGAUGUGCCAGGCCUCUACUGCAGCGGCUGGGUGAAGAGAGGACCUACAGGUGUCAUAGCCACAACCAUGACUGACAGCUUCCUCACCGGCCAGAUGCUGCUGCAGGACCUGAAGGCUGGGCUGCUCCCCUCUGGCCCCAGGCCUGGCUACGCAGCCAUCCAGGCCCUGCUCAGCAGCCGAGGGGUCCAGCCAGUCUCUUUCUCAGACUGGGAGAAGCUGGAUGCCGAGGAGGUGGCCCGGGGCCAGGGCACGGGGAAGCCCAGGGAGAAGCUGGUGGAUCCUCAGGAGAUGCUGCGCCUGCUGGGGCACUGAGCCCAGCCCCAGCCCCCGCCUCCAGCAGGGAAGGGAUGAGUGUUGGGAGGGGAAGGGCUGGGUCCGUCCGAGUGGGACUUUGCACCUCUGCUGAUCCCGGCCGGCCCUGGCUUGGAGGCUUGGCUGCUCUUCCAGCGUCUCUCCUCCCUCCUGGGGAAGGUCGCCCUUGCGCGCAGGGUUUUAAGUUUCAGCAACUGAGGUAACCUUAGGGACAGGUGGAGGUGUGGGCCGAUCUAACCCCUUACCCAUCUCUCUACUGCUGGACUGUGGAGGGUCACUAGCUUGAGAACAUGCUGGAAAUAAAACAGCUGCAACCAAGA